GUCUGACUUCGUCCUGAAGCCCCGAACUUCCCCUAAAACCCGGUCCGAUCGCUGGUCUGAGAGCGUUCCGGGGCCGAGCUGCGAGCGAUGCCCGCCUGGAGGUCCACAGCCGCCGGGGAGAGCGCCGAGUCCCACCGCUGAGCUCCGGCGGUUCUGGAUCGGCCCCGGUUCCGAUGAGACCAUGAGGACCCACACCCGCGGGGCCCCCACCGCCUUCUUCAUAUGGCUGCUGUGGCCCCUGCUGGCGGCGGGGGGGGACCCCGCCGACCGGAUCCCCUUCCUCGGGGGGAACUACGACGGCCCCCCCAUGCUGUACUUCGGCCGCGGCGACGUGGAGGGCCUGCAGGCCGCCGCCGCCGGGACGCACCGGGACCUGGCCCGCAGGAUCCGCCAGGCCGCCGAGGAGAUGCUGGAGUACCCGGAGGACUACCUGCCCCCCUGGAGCCCCGCCCACUUUAGCGGCCGCUGGAACGAGAUGUACGGGAACAACCUGGCCGUGCUGUCCAUGUUCUGCGUGCUGUACCCGCACCGGGCCGGCGCCCUGGACCUGGCCCGGGACUACAUGGAGAGGAUGGCGGCGCAGCCCAGCUGGCUGGUCAAGGACAGUCCGGAGGACGAGGUCCCGGUGGCGCACUCUCUGGUCGGCUUUGCCACGGCGUACGACUUCCUGUACGAGUACCUGAGUAAGAGCCAGCAGGAGCGCUUCGUCCGGGUGAUCGGCAACGCGUCGCGCCUGAUGUACGAGAAGUCCUACACCCGGGGCUGGGGCUUCCAGUACCUGCACAACCACCAGCCCACCAACUGCGUGGCCCUGCUCACCGCCAGCCUGGUCUACAUGGCCCAAGGCUACCUGCAGGAGGCCUACCUGUGGACCAAGCAGGCCCUGUCCAUCAUGGAGAAGUCCCUGGUGCUGCUGCGUGGCGUGACGGACGGCUCGCUGUACGAGGGCGUGGCCUACGGGACCUACACCACGCGCUCGCUCUUCCAGUACAUGUUCCUGGUGCAGCGCCACUUCGCCAUCAGCCACCUGGAGCACCCCUGGCUGCUGCAGCACUUCGCCUUCAUGUACAGAACCGUCCUGCCAGGCUUUCAGCGCACGGUGGCCAUCGCAGACUCCAACUACAACUGGUUCUACGGGCCCGAGAGCCAGCUGGUCUUCCUGGACCGCUACGUGAUGAGGAACGGCAGCGGGAACUGGCUGGCCGAGCUGAUCCAGCAGAACCGGGUGCUGGACGGGCCGGGCCGGGCCGGCAGAGGCCAGCGCUGGUGUACCCUCCACACGGAGUUCCUCUGGUAUGACCCACACCUGACCCCCAAGCCUCCGUCAGACUUUGGGAGCGCUCGUCUUCACUACUUUGAGGACUGGGGCGUGGUCACACACGGCAGCGCUCUCCCGGCCGCCACCAACCACUCCUUCCUCUCUUUCAAGUCGGGGAAGCUGGGUGGACGGGCCAUCUUCGACAUCAUCCACCUGAACCAGUACAGGGAGUGGGUCAAAGGGUGGAGGAACUUCAACGCCGGCCACGAGCACCCGGAUCAGAACUCCUUCACCUUCUCGCCCAACGGCGUCCCGUUCAUCACAGAGGCUCUGUACGGUCCCAAGUACACCCUGUUAAACAAUGCGGUGCUGUUUGGCCCCUCCCACUUAGGGAGCUGUUUCGGUCAGUGGGUGGGACAAGUGACUGAAGCCUGCAGUUCCAAGUGGUUGACUUACAAGUCUGGGCCGGCCGCGGACGCUCAGGGCCGAGUGGAAGCUGCCAUGGAAAGAGACGGGAUGGUCUUCAUCCGGGGGGAGGGGCGCUCUGCUUACCAUCCAGAGCUCAAGAUCCGGAGCUUUCAGAGGAACCUCCUCCUUCUCCACCCACAGCUUCUGCUCCUGGUGGACCACAUCCACCUGGAUCCAGACAGUCCCACGAGGGCCAUGAGCGCCUUCUUCCAGAACACGUACCAUCCGUUCCGAGAGACGCAGGUGGACGACGUUCACGGAGCAUUCAUAUCGCACGGCGAGGAUAAAUACCAGAUGCUCUGGCAGGACGACACGAGCCACAGCGCUGAAGGAGUCCUGGGUUACUGGAGCUACUCUCCAAGGUUUGCCUAUAACGGCUCAAACUACGUCAACGUCACCAUGCCGCUGAGGUAUCCCCACACCAGAGUGGCCUACAUUUUCUUUGGCCCGGGCGUAGAGGUGGAGAGCUUCAGGCUGCGCGGCGACUCUGAGAGAGUGGACGUCUACCUGACCACCAAAGAACACCGCUACACCGUCCACCUGCUGACGGGGGAGGCUCCCAGGAAGCCUCUGUUCGCCAUGGUGCUGCAAGAUAGCAAGAAGGUCGUGUUCGAGAGAGGAACUGCCCAGGCCGAUGACUCGCCGGAGGAAGUGGAGGAGUACGUGAACGUGGUGGAGGAUCACCUCCACCACGUGAAGCCCGUCUUCCAGCAGAUGGAGAGACACAUCCUGGGACGGGUCCUCAACUCGGCCAGCUUCCGCAAGACCGCAAAGCGCCUUCUGAGGCUAUCCGACAGGAAGAAAUCUGAGGAGGCCAUCGCGAAGAUGUUCACCAUGUCUAAGAAGCAGAGCCCGGGGAAAGGCGGGAAGAGGGCCAGCCUCGGGGAGAAGCUGUCCGAGGGGCUGCCCGACUUAUUUGCACAGGUUGAGUCCAGUGAACAGAAAGCCAGACUGAUAAAUCUGAAGCGAUCGUACGACGACAGUCAGGAGGAGGGCGACGCAGACCUGAGUGCCUUAGUGGAUUAUAAUGAAGAACACAAGAGUAGAAAGGAGGGCGUCGUAAAGGGCCGCCGCUUUAAGGAGGUCCACAUGUUGGGCGCAACGGGCAGCGAUGACCUGUCCGACUCGGGAUCCUACAUCCGACUUUUCCUGGUUCUCAACACGGGAACCUUCUUCAUGAUGCUGGCCAUGCUGCUGACGCGCUUCCACAGGGGCUACAGCCUGUCCGCCCAGAGGUGCAGUGCUAGCACCCGGAGCCCGGGGCGGGCCGUCCAGAGGGCCGCCGUCAGACCAGCUCCCAUUCACAGCCGCUGCUCAGAGAAAUGCUCGGAGGAUUCCAGAAGGUCAGCUACAUCAGGGAGUUACAGUUCAAAGAACGAAGCAGAAGAAACAACACAGCUUCACUUUCUGCCGUACACAAACAAGCUCAGACAUGACUGUUUUCACAACUUGAUUCAGCUCUUCCCGGGCUCCUGAACCCGCCGUACUUCCAUUGACUGUUUGUAAUAUUCAACCAGGAGGUGUAAAGAUAAAAGAAUGUGCUCCCAAUAUUUCUAAACAGCCUGUAAAUUCCUCUUUUAGAUAAAGAUAAAAGUCCUCUAUGAAUGAUGUUGGUGUUGCGCUUAAAGCUCUCUGAAACAAGCCUUGAAACCGAUCCAAGAAUUGGACCAAAGUCUGCCUUUAAAGCCAGUGUGAUCUGGUCAGGGACCAGAUUCAGCCCUGAUCAGACAGCAGCCACUAAGCCCUCUCAACCAGGCGACAGACCGUCGAAAGAGCCUUCAGAACGGGGAGGAACCGAGGAAACCCAGCGCCGUGCCGAGAAGCUCUCACAUUGGUGAUGGUGGGUUUAAAGUUUGCUUGUGAUUCUCAUCAAAUCAACGAGACUUGGUACGAUGCUACUGCUGCUGCUGUGUUUCUGUUACGGCAGCUGGGAUGUGUUUGAGCUUUCUUGGGAGUUUAAAAGCCUUGGCGAGGAGAUCCUGCUGCAAGCGUUGAACGUGUUUUGAUGAAAGGUCUCCUAAAGCCGUGACCUCUCAGCCCGUGGUGUUUGGCUGUCGGGUGGGAGUGUCGGGGGCAUUACUUCAGGUUUUACCAACACACUCAGACAGGUGUUUGCUAGGUUUGAGUUCUAGAAACAAAAACCUCCUGAAAGACCCUGACUCUUCCAACUAAUACCCCUUUCCCACUGGCCAAAAAACCCGUUUAAACCCGCUAACUAUCGGCUCCUCCUGGCAGUGAGAAAGGGUUUGACAGGGAUUUCAACCCAGGUUGUUCGACCCUGCAAUCGACCCGGGAAUUUACCGGGUCACUUUGUACCGGCUUUUAGUGGGAGGGACACAUCUGGGAACUUACAUGAUGACGUCGACGCAGCAUGGCUACGUUAGCGCGCUAGUUGUUGUUUCUGGACACAGCGUGAGAUUUCCUUCGUCCAGACGACCCAGCACUGGCAAGACAGAGAGACCAGAGAGCUGCUCUGGAUCCGUGGGGAAGAGGAGAUUCAUCUCCAGGUAAUGGGGACUGUGUUCCGCUGCAUUGUUUACUUUCGCUUUGCUCCGUCUUGCUGAUGAUGUCA